AUGGCCGCAGUGAUCGACUUUCCAUUCGCACUGCCUGCUGCGCCAAAAAACUAUGCGCCUACGCAGGCGUCUACUUCUGCUUUGUCUCUAACGAGUGUGGAAGUGGCGCCAGUGGGCGAUGCAUUCCUUGGUCACAUGCGUAGGCAACUGCAUAAGAGCACGUUUGAAGAUGACGACGCUCUCAUGAAGCAGCGCCUGGACGAGCAUGCCGCUGCUAACACGGAAGUCAAUGAGCUUGAUAAUGACAUCGGUGAGGAGCCGGAAAGUAGAGAACUGCUCGAAAGUGAUCCAAAGGAAUGGAAGUCUCUUGACCACUACGCAGUACUGGGUCUCUCGUCCCGUCGCUACAAGGCCACAGACUAUGAAAUCAAGAUUGCGCACCGCAAAAAGGUCCUCAAGCAUCACCCAGACAAGAAAGUGGGUGCUACAGGCCUGAGUGACGACGCAUUCUUCAAGUGCGUCGCAAAGUCGUUUGAGAUCCUCUCGAACCCUGAAAAACGCCGUCAGUUUGACAGUGUAGAUGAGGGCGUGGAUGACGACGACGUACCGACCGGCAAAGAGAGCCCGGAUAGGUUCUAUGAGCUGUGGGGGCCUGUGUUUGAGCGGGAAGCCCGGUUCUCGAAACGGACGCCUGUGCCUUCGCUCGGCACAAAGGACAGCACAAAGGACGAAGUUGACGACUUUUACAACUUCUUCUAUGACUUUGACAGUUGGCGCAGCUUCGAAUACUUGGACAAGGAGGUAAAUGAUGGCAGUGACAACCGUGACGAAAAGCGCUACACGGAAAAGAAGAACCGCAACGAGCGUGCGCGUCGCAAGAAGGAAGACAAUGCUCGUCUGCGUAACUUGGUCGACAAGGCGCUCUCUUUGGACCCACGUAUCAAGGCAUUCCGUGCCGCUGAGCGUGCUGCUCGUGAAGCCAAAAAGAACAAGGGCCGUCCGGGAGCACCUAGCGGUAAGAGUGCUGCAGAGGUGGCCGCGGAAGAGCAGCGCAAGAAGGAAGAGGCCGAAAAAGCCGCCAAGGAAGCCGCUGCGAAGGAAGAGGCCGAGAAGGCGGAACGCGAAGCCGCUAAAAAAGUGCGCGAAGCUGCGAAGAAGAACCUCAAGAAGGAAAAGAAAAGCAUCCGGAACAUCAUCACCGGUGCAAACUACUUCCAGCCUGAAGGCGUGUCGCCCUCAGCGACUGUGCUUGAGAAGCAGCUUGGUGCUCUGGACGCCCUGUGCGGUGCAUUGGAGCCUGAACAAGUGGUGGCCCUGCGCGAGUCAUGUGAAAAAGGACACGCUGAGGCUAAGGCCGCACUGCACAAGGCCUGUGAGGACAAGGGUCUGGGCGAUGCAUUUGCGUAG